AUGUUCGCAUCUUCUUGUGGUUCUGCUGCUGAGUUGGCUCGAACCCACGAGCCACAGCAGCACCUUUCUGCCAAGUUGUUUUGUUUGACUACCAAACAUGUUCGGUGCCAAGUUGGCGAGCAUGGGCCAACGAGGCAUCCAUUCAAGACAACGCUCGAUAAACUGAGGCAUUCCGUCUUUCAAAAUCCAGUAUCUGAAUUGCAGAGGCACGAGUCUUCACCCUCCAAACGGCCACUGUUUCGGAAAGCCUGGCUCCGCAUAUCCGAUCACGCAAGUCCUUUCUUCUUUGGAAGUGGGACUGAGCCUGGAGUCCAGGACAAUCUCGUUGAGGUGGUACGCCGAAACCCUGCAGCGGCCACCCGCCUCCUGCACACGACAUCUUUAUUCAGCUCCAUCGGCAACGCAAUCUCUGCCUGCAGCUGCUUUGUGUUCCUGUGGAUGCACUGGCAAGUCUGCGCCACCUGUGAUCGCCCUCUGAGGUGGUGGCUUCUGCUUCAAGCAUGCCUGCAGCUUGGGCAGUUGCCGGUUCGUGCGGUGCUGCUCUACAGCGUUCGCGGCGUGGAGGAGUCUGGAGCUAGCUUGGAGGAUUUGGUUCUGCGCUUAACUUCAUCCAAAGCCUGGCAUCUUAGCAAGAAGCUGGCGAUCUUCCAGUAUGGCUGGUUUGUGCUGGGCAUGGUUUGGUGGAUGCAUACGGACACCUGCCCAGACUGCCCUGCAGUCUCAAAGCUGAUGGUAGCUGUCAUGUCCCUUUCCGCAGUGCGGGCGGCUGUCGCGAUCGGCAUCUUUCGGGCACUCUUUCGCGAGGGUGAUCUCAACGAGGUUCCGGCUACAAUGGGGGCCACCAAGACAGAGAUCAAUGCACUUCCUGCGUUCCGCUUGACAAAGACUGUUGAGAACGACCAAGAUGCGCCUUGCUCCAUUUGCCUCUCGGGGUUUGUCGAUGGUACGCUGCUUCGAAGGUUGCCUUGCGGGCACGAAUUUCAUCGUCACUGCAUUGACAAGUGGCUUCGGCGCAACAAGCGCUGUCCCUUGUGCAUGACAUCAAUCGAUUGCUGUAUGCCAUUACGGCAUCGGACUCCUGACCGGUGCAAGUAA